AAAACCAAGCUCUGCCUCUUACUUGCCACAGUCAUUAGUUUAAGAUUUAAAGUGCAAUCGGUUAGACCAACUGAGUUCUGGUUUUAUUCCUGUGUAAUAUUCCAUUAAAGGUAAUUCCCACGUAAUUCCAAAGGCACUGCCAAACAUGCACACCUUUAGUUUGGUCCUCUUGGCCCUCCUUCCAGUAGUAACGCUCGCUGUCUUGGACAAACCGAAGUUAUCACAACUGAAUGGAUAUUCAAACAUUUUUAAGGGAGAACGAGACUUCUCCAUAGCAUUGAUGAAACAGAUCCGAGAAAUGUAUCCAUAUGGCAAUCUGUUCUUCUCGCCGUUUAGCACCUAUAACGCCCUGCUCCUCGCCUACUUCAGUUCCUCCGGGGCGACGGAAAGUGAGCUGGCCCAGGGACUGAAUUUGGGAUGGGCUUCCAGCAAGCAGCAGGUCCUAACUUCUUACACAUUGGGAAAGAGGCAGGACGAAUCUCGGUCGCGCCAAAAUCCUAUGGAGCUCUCAUCUGUGAACCGCAUUUUCGUCGACCAGUCGGUAAAUGUUUCCAGUAUAUUCAAAACAUUGCUCUUCGGUGAAACCGAGGAAUUGGACUUCAAGAAUAAACCGGAAAUUUGCCUAAAGCAAAUUAACGACUGGAUCGCACAGAAGACGCACAACCAGAUACGCGACAUGCUCAGCUCCGAGGAGAUCAAUUCCCGUACCAUGUUGGUGCUGGGCAACGCCGCCUACAUGAAGGGCCAGUGGCUCAACCAGUUCAAGGUGGAGGAAACCUCCUUGAAGCCGUUUUUCAUAAACGAGCAUGAGCAGGAAAUGGUUCACAUGAUGCACAAGAAGGACAUCUUCAAGAUGACCAUCAAUGACGAUUUGGAAUCGCAAAUCAUCAAGCUGCCUUACCGUACCAUAUACAAGUCGGCGGAGACUCACAUUUCCACUCCCGAGCAGAAAUCGGAUGUCUCCAUGGUGAUCAUUCUGCCGUACUCCAACGAAGUCAGUCUAAAUUCUGUAAUAUCCAAACUAAAUGCCGAUACCCUCAAGCACUUGGUCAAAACGGCAGGUCCGCAGGAGAUCGAGUUGUCGCUGCCCAAGUUCCAGUUUGAGCAGCGCCUGGGACUGACCCCGAUCCUUAGCGGAAUGGGACUGGGCAAAAUUUUCUCUGAAGAAGCAACCUUUGGAGACCUGACUGCCGAUCGCAUUUCCCUGGCUAUCGAUGAGGCCCAACAUCUGGCCAAGAUCCAGGUGGACGAGGUGGGCAGCACUGCGGCAGCGGCCACCAUCCUCUUUGUCAGCCGAUCCGCCAGACAGCCCGACCCCACCAAAUUCAACUGCAACCAUCCGUUCGUGUUCCUCAUCUAUGACGAAAGGGUCGAUACGAUCCUGUUUGCAGGCGUCUAUAGCGAUCCCAGAAAAAUGAAGCACUAAAAGUGAUCUGAAAUGCUUUCGAUUUUUUCACAUUGCCACUUAAGUUAAUACUUUCUGUUCAUUAAUAAAGUUCACUAAGUACCAUAUAACGGCCUAAGAACUUAAAUGUAACUGCUUGUAGAUGAAACGCAAACCUGCU